AGCACGCCAGCUGUCAGAUGGCCACUGACCCUCCCUGAGCCAGUGGCUGGAAACAGGUCUGGUCUUAAAGAGGCGCCUGGUGCCCAGGAAAGAAACCUGAGAAAUAGGCUCCUGAGCACCUCCCCGGGCGGGGCCUCCUGGCCGCCUUUUCCUUCUGCUGCUUCUCUGCGCCCAAGGACACCUUAGCCCAUUUCCAGACCUUCCAGCCUCGCCUGCGGUGCUGCCCGAGCGAGCGGGACAGGCAGGAAUGCAGCAGACGGGACUCGCCUUCCUGGCCUUGGCUGCCUGGGCUGCUCUUCGCCCCUCGGCAGCCAUCCUCCCCAUCGCCUCCAGCUGCUGCACCUUGGUUUCCCACCACGUCCCCCGGCGCCUCCUGGACAGAGUGAGCGCCUGUCGCAUCCAGAGGGCCGACGGGGACUGUGACCUGGCGGCCGUCAUCCUCCAUGUCAGGCACCGGAGGAUCUGUGCCAGCCCGCACAGCCACACCGUGAAACAGUGGCUGAGGAAGCAAGCAGCCAGGAAGCAUGCCCACGGCCACGUCUGCCACAUGAAGAGGCACCAUGGCAAGAGGCACAGCCACGGGGCACAUCCGAGGACGCCGGGCGCACGGGCCCCGAGCUCCAUGUUGGAGAGUGUGCCAGCGGGCCUGUGAAGAGGCUCCUGCGGGAAUCUGGCCGGGGCCGGGUGUGCACUGAUGGUGGGAAUGUUCC